GCCCACUUUAGAGAAUCAAAUGCGCAUCUGGCAUGAUCUCCCAAAAGGAAUGUGGGGUUGUCUAGCGUACAAAGAGCACCACCCCCUUCCUGAGUAGGCCAACGUGGACUAUGAACGAUUACAAGACCACGGAAUAGCUUAAAGGAAUUUACCACAGAAACGAACUUCUUUUCUACAGAAGUCAUGGCGGAGACAGAGCAAAUGCCAUUUUUGAAAGAAUUCCUUCUGACAUUCUUCAUGCCAGAGAAGUGUUACGACGAAUUUUUUCUUCACUUCAACUUUGCUCAUGGGCCAUGUUUGAGGAUCACCCUGAGCAAAGUCAUGGGUCUUUGGAUCAUGGUAGGCACUGUUCUUGCUCUGCUGCCUCAGAUCUGGAAGGUUCUGAGGGCAGGAAGUGCAGAGGGACUGAGUCUGGCCUCCGCUGUGCUCAGCCUUUAUUCCGUCUCUGGCGAUGUGGUGUACUGUAUAGCCCAAGGCUUCCCUAUUGGAGCCUGGGGAGGGAGCCUGUUUAUACUGAUCCAGGUCAUGUUCCUCAAUUUCCUCAUUCUGCAUUAUAAUGGACAAAUUGUGAGAGGGUUACUGUUCCUUGUGGUUUAUAGCACCUUUAUGUAUCUCCUGACAUCCCCAUUGGUUCCCAGAAAAGCCAUAGCUUUGAUGCAGGAGUCGGUUGUGCUGGCCGUCAUUGCUAGCAGGCUCGUCCAGAUAGGCUGUAAUUACCUGAGCAAACACACAGGCCAACUCUCUGCUGUGUCCCACUGCCUGGUGUUCUUCGGCUCGCUGGCGCGCAUCUUCGUCUCUCUGCAGGAAACCGGAACCUCGCUGUCCACUCUGACCCAUGUUCUGGCAUGUUUAUGCAGCGGAGUCUUGGUGGCCCAGAUGUUUCAGUACCGGAAUGCCUCCCGCCCUGGAAAAGAGAAAGCUGAGUAGAUGUUACGGGUAACUCCAUAAUGGCUGAAAUCACCCAACCCUCUUACCUCAGUCCAACCCAAACACUGCUCUUAUUGCAUUCCAAAGGAUAUUACCCUAGUAGCAGUGUUAUUAAGGCAGUACUUGGUACAAUCCAAGCCUUUUAUUGAACCCCACCCUGCAUGUGAAAAUCUCAACACAAGCAGUCCAGUGUUUUUCUUUUUUUUUUUUUACAGUAGAAUCAGUUACUGGUAUAACUGUAUUUCACAUUAAUAAGAAGGAAAUAGGAAUAAUGUGAAAUGUAUAGCAUCUCAGGGAAGACCUAGUCUUUGUUUGAAAAAAAAAAACAGAAAACCACAAUGUAGCUGUUAUAACCUUUGAGCUUUCACGGCUGAUGGAGCCAUAUGUGUCUAUUUUCUUAGUGUGAAUGUGAAAGUGUUGCUCUGAACAAAAUAAAGUUACUGGUUUAGUUUGUUAGUUAAAAAUAAAACAUUAUUUUGAUAAUGAUGUAACAGAUAAUUCAAGAUAACGCCAAUAUGGCCGGUGUCUACACAUAUCCCACCCCUUCCUCGCCAAAACGUCAACAUGUGUAUACAUUGAGCCAAUCAUGUGGUGUGAUGUGACUACA